UUUACUGCCUGAAUUGGCCAUUCAUCUUCUCUCAUUUGGCCAUUCAUUUACCAAAAAACUUUUUUUACAGGCCAAAUGUCCCAGCUGUAAUCCUUUUUCUAUAUUCCAUCACUUUCUCCCUUAUGUCGCUUCAUCGCGCUUUUGCUUAUUUUUUAGCCUUUGGCGGGGGCAUUGAUUCUCUUUUUAUUAGGGUUGUCGAUUCUUGGAAAAUUUACGGAUAUCCGGAGAUUAUUUUUAUAAUUAAAAUUCUCUUGCAAGUAUUUCUUUGUUAUUUUUCAGAUAAAUUUAAAAAAAUGAGAGUAAAAGAAGAGCCAAAACAAGAAACGAAUUCAAGUGAUAAAUCACCAAUUAAUGAAGAAUGUUCUUCAUCUUCUUUUGAUCCUAAAAAUCAGCAAAAACAAUUUAUUUUACAAUCAGAAUUCGAGAAAAUGUUAGAGCAAUUAACUAAACAAAAUAAUGAAGAAGAAAAUAUUGAAAAUGGAAAUGAUGAAGAGGAGGAGGAAGAAGAUGAAGAAGAGGAUGAUGGGGAGGAAGAGGAGGAGGAAGAACUGAAGGUGGGUAAUAUUGAAAAAAUAAAAAAUAAAUAAGUGAUUAAAAACCGAUUAUAAAAUCCGACAAAUAAUUAUUUCUGUCUCUGAUUAAGAGCCUUAGAAUCUCUCCAAUUUUUUCCCUUUUCUCCCCUAAGGAAUUCCUUAUAUGUAUUAAGUUUAUUAUAAAUUUUUCCUCAAUUAAAUUUUAACCAAAAAAAAUUAUUUAAAAAAAUAUUUCACCAAUCUCUUUCCCUCUUUCUUUAUUUAAUUUACAGUAAUUUUAUAACCACAAUUCUCUAUUUCCUUUUUCAUUCCUUUCCUUACCGCGAAAAUUUAUUCCUUUUAUUUUAUGCGUGCUUUGGGAGGUUUUUAUUUAAAAUUAAAAACUUUUAAAAAUUCUCAUUCAUUUAAAAUUUAUAUUUUAAAAAUUAACCAUUAUAUUUAUUUAAAAAUUCUUUUUCCUUCUUUAAACCAAAAUAUUAGAAUACCCUUAAUUUAUUUAACGAGACAGUUUUGUGUUUAUUUUUUAAUUAAACAAAAUAAUCAAAAAAACUUUUUAUCAAAAAUUAUUAAAAACUAUUUAAUUUUCAAAUAAUUUUUCUUAUAUUUAUUUUUGCUAUUUCUGUGAAUGCCAUAAAGACUCGGAGAGAACCAGCCGCGAAUUGCUAAUUAGGCAGCCAAUGAAAAUAUUUUUUUAGAAAAAAUAAGGAAAUUAUUAAAGAAAAGGGAAGAGCAGGUAUAUUUUUGAGGAAUUUAUUUGGAUGGAAAUCGACUGAAAAUGAGUCGCCAAAUAAUUGGAAAAAUCAGGAAAAAUUAAGAAAAAUAACUCCGGUUUCGGAAUGGUUGUCAAAUCUGACGGGGAAAAUGUGUU